CGGAAAACAACAUGGAGGAUCUAUCACUCACAUUCUCAAAAUAUGAUAAACUGACUGGUAGAUUUCAGUAACUGCACAUUUGAAUAAAUCGCUAUGGUUUACCAGAGAGUGAGACCAUACAUAAACGUUCUUGGAAUGUUUACCCGUGGUUUUGUCAUUGGUGUACCUGUGGUUAUCACAUUCGUGGACUAUGUAGGAAGCGUCAAAGGUGUAACUGGCAUCUCUAUGCAACCAACCUUAAAUCCCAAUCCCUGUCAAAGUAGUGAUGUAGUGCUUGUCAACAGCUGGGCUGUCCGGCGAUUUGAAGGAAUUAACAGAGGAGACAUUGUUACUUUGACUGAUCCCACAGAUCCUGAUGCUGCCUUAAUAAAGAGAGUUAUAGCUCUAGAAGGCGACCGUGUAAGAAGCAUUAACUACAAAAAGAAGAUUGUGAAAAUUCCAAAAGGACAUUGCUGGGUGGAGGGUGACAAUCACUCUCAUAGUCAUGACAGCAAUUCUUUUGGACCGGUGGCUGUUGGAUUAAUCCAAGGAAAAGCAACUCGCAUUGUUUGGCCUCCCAAAAGAUGGCAAAGGUUGGAGAAGGUCACGUGCGAUGAAAGACUCGAGCUCGAAGGGAAAUUUUCAAUUUCGGAAGAAGAAAAGACCGGCGAACAUUCGAUCAAGCCACAAGUUGAUAAAGAGAACGGAAUUAGUACGGCGUGUAGAUCUUACAGCUUAGUGGACGAUUCUGGUUCUGUUACUGAAUUCUCAUGCGACUUGAGCAGUUGACCCAUAAUGGAAACUUAGGCGAGAUUGAUUUUAGCAUUUAGAAAAUAAGAAGGACUCGAAUUUCUUCAAGUU